UAAAUACCCCCACACAUCCCCACCCCAAUUUCACACAACCUUCCUUAGCUCUCCCACUCUCUCCAAUCUCUCAAUCUCUCUCUCUCUCUCUCUCUCUCUUAAACAACCAAAACUAAGCUCAUCACUCAAAAAUGGCCAUCAACAAAUCACAAAAACUGCCUCAAACUGCAGUACUCAAGCAAAUCCUCAAGAGGUGUUCAAGCUUAGGAAAGAAGCAACGUGACUAUGAUGAACAAGGCCUCCCUUUGGACGUACCAAAGGGCCAUUUUGUUGUUUAUGUUGGGGCAAAAAGAAGCAGAUAUGUUGUCCCAAUCUCUUACUUGAACUACCCUGAGUUCCAAAGCCUACUAAAAGAUGCUGAAGAAGAAUUUGGCUUCAACCACGAGAUGGGUCUCACAAUUCCUUGUGAAGAAGUUGUCUUUCAAUCUUUAACAUCCAUGCUCAGAUGAAAGAUUUAGACGGACCCAACUUAGGCCUAGCUAGUUUGGUUUUUGGAGGAAAAGAAAAGAAAAAUUAGCUGAAGAUGAAGCUGCUUUCACUGCUUCUCU